AUGGCAGUCUCUGAGUCAGCAGCAGGGCUGCGGCUCGGAGUGUGGGGAGUGAAGGCCAUGCAAGCCAGAGGCUUUGGCUGCGAAUGGUCAGCUAAUUUCAGCUCUGAGGUGGGCAUGAUCAGGGAAGCCAGUGGGACCUUUGCAAAAAAAGAGAAGGCUGAAGAGGAAGGUUACUUCUGA